AUGAUUCUUGUCAAUCAUUAUCAUAAGUAAAUAAAGAAGAAUUUUAAUUAAUUAGUUAUAUGAUUAUAGCAUAGACAAGAGAUUCAAACAAUUAUAAUUUAUCGACAUUAAUCAAUUAAUUAGAUGUUAGCAAUAUCAUCUUUAGUAAUUAAUAACUUACAUUUAUUAUUUCAAUAAUCCAAUUUGCUUUAUCAUUGUUUUUCACAAUACUUGUAAUAAUACUACUUUUCUAUAAAAACAACAAUUAGACACAAUAAACAUAGUUUACCAGUCUUGGAAAUGUAUUCAUUUAGUUUAUAUAGAUUUUUAUAAGAUCCAUAAGAAUAUUGUACUGGAUUCUGUGUUAUCCAUUUUUAUUAGUAUCAACCUAUAACACUUUUAUUGACAAUAACAUAAGUCAAUAUUUUUCUAUAUUUACUAUACUCUUUGUUGUAUUCUUUACUUUUUUUCAUGAUUUUGCAUUACUUAAUGACAAUUUUAAUAAAUAAGACUUUUUGAACAUUGCACAAUCUAGACCCUAUAUAUUUAAUAGUUGGAUUAAAUUAGUUUAAUGUUCAUAUUCAAGUUAUUAUUAUGUAAAUCAAAAUUCUCAUGUAUAUUUAAUAAAUAAUAAUUUUUAGAUGACUUAUUUACUUGUUAGUUUUGGAUUAUCAUUUAUAAAUUACAUUUAAUUAUAGUAUUUUAUGGUAAUUUUUGGAAAAUAUGAUAUAGAUUAUAUCUUUCAUUUAGUUAAUGCUAUAUAUUUUGGAUAAAGUCUUGGAUUAUUAAUUUAAUAUUACAUUAAUAUUAAUGAUCCUUACACUUUAAUAACAAUUUUUAUAAUCAUCACUUGUGUUAUAAUUCAUACUAGUUUUAGAAAGUGGUAUUUUGAAUAUCAAUUCACUAAUUCUAAAGAUGUUCCAACUAGAGUUAUGUUAUUAAAUUGGUUUAGAGAAUUAGAAUGCUCAGAUAUAUAUUAUAUGGGGAUUGUAACUAAACAUUAUAAUCAUCCAAAUAAUAAGAAAUGCUUUUUAAGACAAAAUGCUAUAUAUUACAGUGGUAAGAAAUUUGCCAAAUAUACUUAUAUAACAACUAAGAAACACAAUAUAGAAAAAUAUAAAGGAUUAUUUGUUAAGUUCUUGAUUAAAUGUUUACUUGAAACAUAAUUAAAAUUAUAACCUAAUUCUGAUGAAAUACGAUUGCUUUAUUCAGAAAUCUUAUUUUAUAAAUUUAAUUUAAUCAAUCAAUCAUUCAAACAUUUAUCAAAAAUUAAAAAUAAUAUCAAUUUUAAUUAAAAAAUGAGAGUAAAAUAAUUAAAGUUAUCUAUUCACAAUAAAUUAAAGGAAAAUAAUCAAUUAAGUUAUCGUUCAAAAUUACCUUUUGAAAACAUAUUAAAAUGUGAAGAAUAAAUGAAAGAAUUUUUUUAGGCAUUUUUAAAAAUAGCAGAAUUGUAAGUAUAUUUUUGGAAAAAUUAACUUUAAUAAUUUAUUUCAAUUCCUGAAUAAAUUAAAAUAUGUUAAUAAAUAUUAAAAGAGAUAUAAAUUUGUCAGAAGAAUUGGAAAAACAUUCAUUUUGUUAAUCCAAUUGAUGAAUAAUAAAUAUUAAUAAGAUUUAAAUGGAAAUUCUUCUAUUUAUUUUUUAAACUUUAUAUUCUUCAUAAAAAAUUAAAAGUAUAAGAAAUUAAAGAAUUACCUGAUUAAAAUCUUAAAUCAUAAUAAAUAUUUUCAGAUGAAAAAGUAGAUGAAAGAUCUUCUAGUGAAGAUGAAGCUUAAACUAAAAGUUAUUAUUAAACAAAUUGUAUAAUUUCAUCUAAUAACUUAUUUUUUCGAGUUGAUAAAUUUGGUGAAAUUAUAGCAGCUAGCUAAUCAACACUUAAAAUAUUAGGUAGACCAUAAAAUGAAUAUAGAGGAGCUAGAGUUGAAACAUUAAUGCCAGACAUAAUUAAAGAAAAUCAUAAUGAUUUUUUAAAAUAAUUUUAUAAGACAGGAUAAUCUGAAAAUUUAUUUAAAAGAAGAUCUAUUUUAGUUAAACAUAGCAAAGGACAUUGUUUUAAAGCUUAAAAAUAUUUAAAAUAUAUUUUUAAUUUAGAUUAAGAUAGAUUUGAAUAUUUGAGUAUGUUGAGAUAAGUAACAAGUCGUUCUCAAUAUAUUGUUUUAAAUUCAAAAUGGGAAAUUGAUUCUUCAAGUGAAUAUCUUUAUUCAAUAUUUGGUGAUUACAAACUUCCUUUUCUAUCUUUAUGUCCAAAAGCCAUUUCAUAUACAGAAUAUGCAUAAUUCCUUACUAAUUUUGAUAUGAAAAUAUUGAGUUUGAAAUUAUGUUCUUUUGGUAGCAGAGAAAGAAUAUAAGAUAAGAAAUUUACAUUCAGAAGAUAAAAUGAUUAAACAUUUAGUAAUAAAUCAAUAAAUGAAUUAACAAGUUUAGUAUUUAAAAGAGAAUUAGAAGAAAAGUAAAAAUAGAAUGUGAUUUAAUUAUUUUAAUAAAUUCUUGAAGAAGAUAAUGAAAUUGAAAGAACUGCAAAAUUAACUAGAUUAAAUCAUAUUAAAUUAAAUAUUAGAAUACCUAUAUAUAAGGCUGAAUUUUAAGAAGAUUAUAAUAGAUAUGAUGCAUAAAUGUAUACUAUUUAUUAUGAUGGGGAAAGUAAGAAGAAAUUGAUAUUUAGAAAUGAUAAUGGAAAUAUAAGAUUAGAUAAAUUUGAAUUUCUUUAAAGAUAUAGAUGGGUUAAAUAAUAAAGAAUGAAGUUUAUAUAUUCAAAAAUUAGUAAGCAUUUAUAAUUAAAAUAGAAAAUUUAUUUGAACAUUUUUGUUAAGAAAAAGUACUUGAAAAAGUAUUAAAAGUUGAUGCUAAUAUCAAGUUCUAUAAAACUCUAAAUAAAAUUUCCUUCUAUAUUUUAAAAAUAAAUCGUUUAGAACUCUAUGAUGAAAAUACAAAUAACUCUGAUAAAUAAGAAAUUGAAUUUGUCAAUACCAGUUCAUUCAAACCAUAUACUUCAGCAUUAGUUAGAGAAGUUGUUAUAUCAUCUCAAUCCUAAUCAUAAUACUUAAAAAAUCAAAGUGGUUAUUAAUAUUCUGGUAAUGUACUUAAUUAUUUUAGAUAUGGAAUUGAUUUCCAAUAGAGAAUACACUUAAAAGCCAUUUUUAAUUGAUUACACACUUAGAGAUGAUUUUUUAGUUUAAGGAUCCAAUACAAUAUAUAGUUUAAAUGAAUAAAAUGAUCCUUUUAUUAAAGAAGAGAUUAAUAAACUAUCAAAGAAGAAUUAAAAGUUGACCUUGCUAAUAGUUUUAAAUAGAUUUUCAUUUUUUGUGUAAUUGCUAUUUAUUUCUUUUACUUACUUUUUUUGCUCAUUUUACUAUAAUCCUAUUACUAUACACAAUUCAGUGACUUUAUUAGGUCAUCUUUAUAAAUUUUAAUUAUUAACUGUGUCAUCAUAUAAUUAUAUUAUUGAUGUAGCUUUAAUGAAUGAACAUUAAUUGUCAAAUUUAUUAAUUACUAGUUCUACAACAAAAUUUAAUACAACAGAAUAGUUUUAUGAUUUUGUUAAUAAAGAAAUUGAUGAUUAUUUUACUUAUAUUUGCAAUAUUUACUCAAAUUAAGAUUUUGUUUCAAUGGUUUAUUCUGGAUUUUAUAGUGAUGAUGAAAAUGUCAGUGGUUUAGAUAUAUUUGAUUAGUUUUAAGUUAAUUUAUUAUAAUUUAACUAGUCAGAUAAGUCUUUAAUAAAAUAAAAUAAUACUAUAUUAUCACAUUUUAGAGAUUAUAUGGCACCUUAUACAUAAUAAUUAAUGUAAGACUCUGUGAUUUCAAGAAUUAAUGAUGCUAUUCUAUAUUAAUAGUAGUCUAUAGAUAAUCUCAUACUCUUUAUGAUAUUUCAAUUAUCUUUAAUGGUAAUUAAUUCAAUAUUUUCUUUGCUGAUAAAAUUUAAGUUUCGUAAUGAUAUUAAUACUAUAUAUAUUAUUGUUACUAAUUUACCUAAAGAAGAUAAAAUUAAAGCAAUGAAAUAAUAUUAAAUAUUAUUUGCAUAAUUAAAUUCUCUUUUUGAAGAAGAAUGUAAUUUAAAUUUAUAAUAAUUUAGAAUAUGGAUAUAAAAAAUAAUCCUUGAAUAUUUUAAAUGCUGAUACAAUAAUGUAAAUAAAUUUAUUAAUCAUAGAUAAUAAGAUUUUGAGAUGAAUGAAAUAGAAAAAGCAAAUUAAAAAAGAGAUAAAGCCUAAAUUUAAAAACCACCAAAAUAUUAAUUUAAUGUAUUAAUUCAAAUUUAUUAUUUAAUAGACUGUUUUUGCUCUUAUGUUUUAUUUAGCAAUUAUACUAAUCUUAUUUAUACUUGCUUAUUAUUUUAUUUUGAUUAAUCAAAUUUAAACAAAGUAAUUCUUUUUGGAUAACAAUUUCUUAGUUUAAACAAACUAUUUUUGGUUAAUUACAUUGCUUAAAGAAGUAUAAUAAUUAAUAAUUAAUUAGAAAUUCAUUUAUGAAAACUAUUUAAAUUCCUCAUAUUAUUCAAAUAUCACAACUUUUAGAUUCCAAGAAUUUCUUAAUGAUAUAUCAUUAUUUUCACCUCAUUUAUACUAAACAACAAUAGAUGAUAUUUAACAUGUUUUUGAUGAGACAUUAUGUGAUUAAGUAUUUGGUAAAAUAUAUAGAUGAAUAAUAUUUAGAUGAAACUGGAACAUAUAUUUAUUAUAAUUAAUUUUGUGAUGAUAUAUUAGAUGGAGCAUUGAAAAGAGGAUUGAAACAAUUUAAUAUAUUAUUAUCAUAGGUAGUAAUUAAAGCAUUAAAUCCAAAUGAUGAAAGAUAUGAUAAUUUUACUAUAGAAGAUCUUGCCCAAUAUUAAAUUUCAUUUUAGAUUAUUUAUGAAAUAUUUUUGAAUGUUUUUCAGAUUUGGGCAUCAAAUGCAGAAACUUCAUUAAAUAAUUCAUCAAAUUUAAGUCUAAUUUCUUAGUAAGAUAUAUAUAAAUAUAUAUAUAAGUAUCAUCUAACUUAUUGUGAUAAUCAUUCUAUACUUUUGUUUAUUGGAAUAUUUUUUAUUUACUUAAUUAUAGUAAGACUUUAAUUUCAGUAAAAAAUACUAUAGAUAUUUUAUGUUAAACGAAACCAUGAAUUAAGUGAAGACUAUGAGAGUAGAUUUAGUAAGAACUGGUUUAUUAUCUAAAUGA